CCGGUGAUCGUCAGUGAACUGCUGCGUUCCGCGCUGCGAGUGCCUCAGUGCAGCGUAGCUGUUGGAUUUGUUUUCUAGCUGGAAGCUUCUGGGGAUUCUCAGCUUGUUGACCGUUGAUCAGCGGGAAGUUUCCGUGGCCCCAACCACAAUAAUAAGCCCCAAGUGACGUCUAUCGGCAGUGCAAAAAGGGAAAAUCCUGCUCAAAAUGACGAUCAACGAAAGGACAUCGCUGCUGCCGAAGGACUACCAGAAGACCUACAUCAUCCCUAUCCCGCGCGAUGACGAGAACAACAAUAGCAGCGACGGCAACAACAACGACAACAGCGUGCUGCGAGAGUACGACAGCUGUGCCUUGACGAAAGCGGAACUGAAUAAAUACAUCGACGAUCCGUGGUGGAUAAAGAUGCGGUACGGAUGUUUCGCGUUCUGCUGGAUUGUGUGUCUCGUGGCCCUCGCCAUCUCACUGUACAUUGCGGCCGAUGCCCUGCAGCACGACAUCUGCGGCACGGCACAGGUGUCUAACGCCACCACCCAAAUGUCAACGACGCCCGCCAGUAGCAGUGGAGUCCCUGGGGUGUCCGCGAACCCGCCAACAGCCGGUGAAUCACCACCGUCGGUAGUGUUUGCUCUGCUCAGCCAGCAGCCUAGAGCGUGAUCGAACGCGCGAUCGGAACGGAUUUCCGUGAAGGUUCAUUUGUUACCGAUCUUCCUAUUGCUGUGAUCGCGACUGGGGCUACCGGCCCGCCCCGCCGGGAGGACACGGAGGCGAAUCUUAUUUAUUGCAUUACAAUCGUCAGCACUGUAAGCGGAUCUCAUCCACGAACGAAAUCGCAUUGCAUCAAUGCACGUGCUGCUUCCAACAGCGUGAUAAAAAGCCGAGAUUGACGGGGCACUGUGGAUGGGCAUGGUUGAUGAUAGGCACACCGUUCCAUCGAAUGUAACGCGGUCUUCCAGUUAUCUCGUAGAUCAUGCGCGGACUGGAAAUGAUGCAACUCUCGGUUAAGCUGCCAUCAUGCCCGUUGGCUUCGCAGCGCUUCAUUACGGCCCGCGGGUGAUGACAUUGACACCGCGCAAUCAAUCGCGUCGCGAAUAGAGCGUGCUUAGAAUGCAGCUCAUAUUGAUUACUUCAAACAAUUCUACAACAUUGUAAACCUACUAAU